AUGUUUUUGGACGCAACAGAUAUUCAAAAAAUUCCAAAAUGCGAUAUCAACUUCACGCCAAGGAUUCCAGACCUGAUUCAUUAUAAAUACCAUCCUCGAUCUCUCGCCAUCGGUGACUUCAACGAUGACAAUUGGCCAGAUAUUGUUGUUGCCAAUUAUGCUGCUGACAAUAUUGCAAUCUAUUUUGGAUGUGGCAAUGGUAGCAUGAAAAGUUCAAUCACAUUCUCGACCGGUUCAGGCUCUGCACCAUGCAUGGUCGCUGUUGGCGAUUUCGACAAAGAUGGCCGAUUGGAUGCCGCUGUUUCAAAUUUUGGUACCAACAGUGUAAAUGUGCUUAUGAGAUUUCAAUAUGAGUCUUUUGCGAAUCAAACAACACUUUCAACUGCAUCAUCUCGUCCCAUUUGGAUCCAUGUGACAGAUCUUAACAAUGAUACAACGAUAGAUAUCGUUACCGCAAACUACGGCACACAAAGUGUUAGCAUAUUUUAUGGGCAUGGCGAUGGAAGCUUCGCAAACCCAAGCACAUAUUCUACGGACUUUGAUUCUUUUCCACUUGCGGUUGUCAGCGGUGAUUUUAAUAAUGACAAUCAGAUGGAUCUUGCUGUCGCUAAUUAUGGUACAAACACAGUAGUUAUACUCGUCGGAAGUAGUAACGGUACUUUCUCAAAACAAAGUACGCUUUCAACUGGUCCUAAUUCACAUCCAUAUUCAUUAGCCGUUGGCUAUUUAAAUGAUGACACUGUACUCGAUAUUGCCGUCACCAACCACGGGGAUCAAAAUUUAGGGGUACUUCUGGGUAAUGGUGAUGGAACUUUUCGAAAACAAAUAACAUGUUCACUAGGAGCUGCUUCUCCAUAUUCAGUUGGAAUUAGUGACUUCAACAAAGACAACCGAAUGGAUUUAAUUACGACCAAUAAUGGUACUAACAAUAUUAUUGUACUUCUCGGAUAUGGAAACGGCUCUUUUGCUAAUCCAAUACCGUAUGCAACUGGAUCUUAUUCUACAAUCUUCUUAGCUAUAGGUGAUUUCAAUCGAGACAGUCGUUUAGAUGUUGCCGUUAUCAACAAUGACACGGAGAGCAUAGGUAUUCUGCUUGGUUUAGGCGAUGUCACCUUUGAAAAUCAAACGGAAUAUCUAAUUCUCCGUGCUCCAAUGUCUCUAGCAGUUGGUGAUUUUAAUAGCGACACGCGACUGGAUAUCGUUGUCACUAAUAGUGAUGACCACACUGCCAGUGUACUUCUUGGAUAUGGUAAUGGUUCUUUUGCAAAAAAAAUGGAGUACACAACUGGCUCUUCCCCACAAUCUGUUGCCGUUGGGGAUUUUAACAACGAUACACGACUCGACAUCGUCGUCGCUAAUAUGGAUAACAACACUGUUAGUAUACUUCUUGGAUAUGGUAACGGUUCUUUUGCAAACCAAACGAUAUAUUCAACUGGCUCUUAUCCACAAUCUGUGGCCAUUGGUGAUUUUAAUAGCGACACACGACUCGAUAUCGUCGUCGCUAAUGGUAAGAACAACACUGUCAGUGUACUUCUUGGAUAUGGUAACGGUUCUUUUGCAAACCAAAUGGCGUACACAACUGGCCCUUUCCCACAAUCUGUAGCCGUGGGCGAUGUUAAUAGCGACACGCGAUUGGAUAUCGUCGUCGCUAAUAGUGAUGACAAAACGGUAGGUGUUCUUCUUGGAUAUGGUAAUGGUUCUUUUGCGAAACAAAUUCUAUAUUCAGCCGGUUCAAGGCCAUACUCUAUAAUUGUUGGCAAUCUCAAUAGUGAUACCCAAUUGGAUAUCGUUGUGACUAAUUACAACGACCACACUGUAAGUGUACUUCUUGGAUAUGGUAAUGGUUCUUUUGCAGAACAAAUUGUGUACUUAACUGGUGCUUAUCCAUCUUCUGUAAUUGUUGAUGACUUUAAUAAAGACGUUCAUUUGGAUAUCGCCCUGACUAAUGCUGGUGACGGCACUGUAAGCCUACUUCUUGGGUAUGGCAAUGGGUCUUUUUCAGCACAAACAGCAUAUUCAGUUAGCUUUUACCCAUACUCUCUGGUUGCUGGUGAUUUUAACCAUGAUACUCGAUUGGAUAUCGUCGCUGCCAAUUAUGGUGACUACUCUAUCAGUGUUUUGCUUGGCUAUGACAUUGGAGCUCUGGGAAAGGAAAUUUCAUUUGCAGCUGCUGAUGGCUCUCUUUUGCGAGGCUUUGUCGUUUCUGACGUCAACAAUGAUGCCUUAUUGGAUGUGAUUGUGGCCAAUUAUGGUACAAAUACAAUAGGUGUCUUUCUUGGACAUGACAAAAGUACUUUUGAAAACCAACUUCAGUUCUCAAUGGGCCUUAAUUCUCAUCCUUACACAAUUGCCAUUGGUGAUUUUAAUACAGAUGGUCAAGCGGAUAUCUCAGUGACCGUUCGUGGUACCAACAGCAUAGUAUUAUUCCUAGGAAAUGGAAAUGGAAUGUUUCAAAUUCAAGAUAAUCAUGAUCGUAAUUAUGAGUUUCUUCCAUUGUUCAUUGGUGCUGGCGAUUUUGAUAAUGACAGUCGUUCAGACAUUGUUGUUGCGUAUGAUGGCACUGAUAAUAUAGCCGUACUUGUUGCAUAUGAAAGCGGCUCUUUUACAAAUCAAAUGUUAUAUUCGGCAGGCUCUUCGCCAAAAUGUGUAACUGUUGCUGAUUUGAACAAAGACACCCUGUUGGACAUAGUCGUUGCUAAUGCGUAUGGUGAUAAUAUAAGUGUACUUCUUGGAUAUGGUAAUGGUUCUUUUUCAGAACAAAUGAUGUACUUAACUGGCUCCUACCCACAAUCUGUAGCCGUUGGUGAUUUUAAUAGCGACACCCAACUAGAUAUCGUCGUCGCUAAUAGUAAAAACAACACUGUCAGUCUACUUAUUGGAUAUGGCAAUGGCUCUUUUUCAAACCAAAUGAUGUACUCAACGGGCUCUUACCCACAAUCUGUAGCCGUUGGUGAUUUUAAUAACGACACGCGACUGGAUAUUGUCGUCGCUAAUAGUUAUGAUAAUACUGUGAGUAUACUUCUUGGAUAUGGCAACGGUUCUUUUGCAAACCAAACGAUAUAUUCAACUGGCUCUUAUCCACAAUCUGUAGCCGUUGGUGAUUUUAAUAGCGACACGCGACUGGAUAUUGCCGUCGCUAAUGUGAAAGGUAAUAAUACAAGUAUACUUCUCGGAUAUGGUAAUGGUUCUUUUGCAAACCAAAUGGAGUACACAAGUGGCUCUUCCCCACAAUCUGUUGCCGUUGGUGAUUUUAACAGCGACACACGACUCGACAUCGUCGUUGCUAAUGGUGAUAGCAACACUGUCAGUGUACUUCUAGGAUAUGGCAAUGGCUCUUUUGCAGAACAAAAUACAUAUUCAACUGGCCGUAAUCCAAUCUAUGCAAGUGUUGGUGAUUUUAACAAUGAUAACCGGUUGGAUAUUGUGGUUGUUAAUGCAAACGACAACACUGUAGGUGUCCUUCUUGGAUAUGGGAAUGGCUAUUUUGAAAACCAAAUCGCGUACUCAACUGGCUCUUACCCACAAUCUGUUGCUGUCGGUGAUUUCAACAACGACACAUUACUGGAUAUCGUUGUUGCUAAUUUUGUGAGUUGGACUGUAAGCGUAAUGUUGGGAUAUCACAAUCUAGCUUUUCAAAAUCAAAUGACACUCAUCACUGGCAAUGGAUCGCGACCAAGAUCAUUAGCUAUUGGAGAUCUUAACAAUGACGGCCAAAUAGACAUUGUAGUUGCAAAUUCGGCCACUAACACGGUGGGUAUUUUUCUGGGACAGGGAAAUUUUCAUUUCACAAAUCAAACAACAGUUACAACUGGCUCUAAUCCUAUUUCUAUCGCAGUUGGCGAUUUCAACCAGGACAACAUACUGGAUUUGGUCGUUGUUAAUCGUGGCGAUAACAGUGUUGGCAUAUUUCUUGGAUAUGGUAAUGGUUCUUUUGUAAGUCAAAGGACGUUUACGACUGGAUCUGAAUCUGAGCCUAAUGCAGUUGCCGUUGGAGACUUUAAUAACGACAUGUUAUUAGACAUUAUCAUUGCCAAUUAUGGCAUCAACAAAGUUGGUUUAUUGCUUGGGCAUGGUAACGGAUUAUUCGUAGAUAUAAAAAUGUUUUCCAUUGGUUAUGGUGCUCUUCCGUUCUCGGUUUCCGUUGAUGAUUUCAACAAUGACAGAAAGCUGGAUUUCGCAGUAUCUAAUGAAGGUACCGACAACUUAAAAAUUUUCUUACAGACUUGUUAA